UUUACCCUAUAAAAUUGAGAGCUCCCUUCAUUUUUCAUUACUUUGCAAUUAUUCUUCCACCCUUACAACAAUUAAAUUUCACUAAUUUCUCAUUUAUCAACUUUAAUUUCUUAUUUUUAACUUUUUUUAUCCCUUUAAUAUUUACACAUAAUCCAAACAUGUCCUAUCUCUCAUUUAUUCCUCCAGCCAAGUACCCAACCACUUUCCUCUCUUUUCAUCAACCAGAUUCUUCCUUCCCAUCCAUACAUACAUCAUGUCUUCAUCUCCAAUCCACUUCUUAAUUACUUUCUUCUUCUCCCCUUUUUAAACCUCCUCAAAAAUAUUCAUUUUCUCUCACUAUCAUCUAAACUAAUCUCAUUACCCAUUACCCAUUUACCCAUUUACCCAUUACCCAUUACCCAUUAUCCAUAUAUUAUCUCAUGGAAGGAAUUUCAGCUCAUGUUUACAAAACUAUGAAAUCCUAUUGGAAAACAAGAGGAUAUCAAAAACUCAAUAAACCCAAGAAAAAUGCCAGACCCGAACCCAUUCCUUCCGGGUGUGAACUGGAUGGAAACCCAGUUAGACCCAGAAGAAGACGGUUCUUUCGGGUGAAAAUAAACAGGAGGAUCCGGAUCUGGAAGAAGGUUGUUGGGUUGCCCAAGAAAUUGCUCACUAAAUUAAGAGAUGCUUAUGUGAAUAUGAUGCUUAGUUUAGCUAAUUCCGGGCUUGCAGUUGGUGGUUCUGGAUCCGGAUUUGGAGGAUCCAUUGAUUAUGGUAAUGGGUUAGGGUAUAAUUAUAGAACUCAAUUAAAGGAGUAUGAUGAGAAGAUGAUUGUUGAGAUUUACAAGUCUUUAAUGAUUGCUCAAGGACAACUUGGAAAUCCAAACAAAAAUAAUAAUAAUUCUCAACCACAAAUUAUUAGGGCAUCUAAAUUAAUGAGAAUCACGGGUUAGUCUAAUGAUCGAAGAUUUUUCAGUUACGAUUGUGAAAUGGGUUCGAUUCUAAUAAAUUUUCAAGAAAGAUUAAUUUUCUUUUACAUUUUUACUCUUAAUGGAUUCUCCAACCUUAUAUGUCUGAUAAAGGCGGUCAACAUUACCAUUUUUGUGUAGAAACAUUUUUGUUUUAGGGUUAUUUCCAAGUGAAAAAGCUGGAAUAUGACAAGAAUAUUAGGAUGAAAUUAAUAAAGUUUGGUGUUUUAUGUACAAGUUGGUUUUGUUUUGCUUUAUUGAUGAAUGAAUAUUGAUGAGUAUAAAUUUAUAAGUAAUUAUCCACUCAUUAAUUCAAUUUAGGGAUAUUAAAAUGAUGUGAUGUCCCGAUCUUAAGAAAAACAAAAUGUAUGUACUCUAUUAAUUAUGUACAAUACACUCAAUUGAUAAUUUUGUACUCUCUAGUUGCUAGAUGUUAUUCUCCUUGCUUAGUUGAAGAAAUUACUAUUU